UCUUGAUGUUACUUUUCAUUUGAGAAGGGAGGAGUCUGACGUUAGCUGCUUUCAUUUACUCAACUGUAAUGUUUGUGGAAUUUAUAGCAGAUACAGCAUGAAUUUAAUUAGACAUUUGCAUUUUGGUAUUUGUACGUUAUCGAUAAAAAAGUAUCUAUAGCUUGGUAGCAACUUUGGACAAAGUAUCAAAGGCAAUUGGCGGAAGAGGAAGGCGGAACAAAACGUAAAAAAACACCCCAAAGCAUCCAUUGAAUAACCAUCUUUUGACUGCUUCCAUUAUAACAGUAACUAAUUUACCCCACACUUGAAAGCUAUCUACCCGGGAUCUCUGCACUCAACCAUGUCGAUGGCCCUGAAACAAGUUUUUAACAAAGAUAGGACAUUCCGGCCCAAGCGCAAGUUUGAGCCAGGCACACAGCGUUUUGAGCUGCACAAGAAGGCCCAGGCCUCAUUGAAUGCCGGCUUGGACCUGAAGCAGGCUGUUCAGCUUCCCCACGGGGAGGACCUCAACGACUGGGUCGCCGUCCAUGUUGUCGACUUCUUCAACCGUAUCAACCUCAUCUAUGGCACCAUCAGCGACUCUUGCACCGACAAGACAUGCCCCGUAAUGUCCGGCGGGCCCAAGUAUGAAUAUCGCUGGCAGGACGAGCACAAGUACAGGAGGCCCACAGCGCUGUCAGCUCCUAAAUACAUGAGCCUUCUCAUGGACUGGAUAGAGGUACAGAUCAACAAUGAAAAUAUCUUCCCAACUAAUGUUGGUACUCCAUUCCCUAAGACCUUCAUGCAGGUGGCAAAGAAGAUCUUAUCCCGCUUGUUCCGGGUGUUUGUCCAUGUCUACAUCCACCACUUUGAUCGUGUGAGCCAGAUGGGGGCCGAGGCUCAUGUCAACACCUGCUACAAGCAUUUCUAUUACUUUGUCACAGAGUUCAAUCUCACGGAUCAUAAAGAGCUGGAGCCUCUGAAAGAGAUGACCUCUCGAAUGUGCCACUAAAGGGGCCCAAGCUGAGCUGUGGAUGCGCACACCGGACAAUCACAUCCGUCCAUCGGGGCUGGGGGGCGGGGAAGGCUGCAUUGAGGUCUUGGAUGGCAAAUAUAUUCAUGAAAGAGUCUAUUUUUAUAUUUAAGUAUUGUAAUCUAUUUUAGCUACAGACAGUUGGUUUUAACAAAGAAGCUCAACUUUUAAGAAGAACAGAGAAAACGUGAUAAGAGGUCAACGUUGAUGUUUUUUUUUUUUUAAAUUUCGGAUCAUUCCAGCAUGAUUUUGCUUUUAUUUUUUCGUCCAAAAUGAAAAUGUGUGAUUUGUUACUGUACAGCUUAAAUGAUCAGUUUGUUUCAUUAAAGGUUCCUUCUGUAUCGUACUGUAA